AUGGCCGAGGGCGCAGCCACUUCCGUUGCCGAAUUGAUGGCUACCGGCUCUGGCCGCCGGAUACCGCUCGGCCGCACUGGUUUGCGCCUCUUCUUUGGCCUCUUCUUUGGCCUCUUCUUUGACCUCCUUUUUAAUCUCCUCUUUCGGGGCGAUUGGCGCCGCAUAUGGUGCUUCACCCGUAUAUGUGUAGAGGGGCAACUUAUCAACGAGCUCGCGAGGGACUCGAAGGACGGACAUCGCCAGGCGUUCGACAUCGACCUGGCCAGUCUCGAUACGAUGGAUGAGGAGUUGGCGGCGGCGGCGCUGCAGGAAGCGGUAGAGGAUGACAAGGACGAGGCUCAGGCCAACAAUUGUGCCCAGGAUCGCUAG